AACUUGCUACGCGCAUCGGAACGUUCAGAUAUUAAUCGACUCCAGUCUAGAUUCAACGUUUAACGCCUUAAGACUACCGACAGACGGAAUCAAAUUUAAAAGAUGGAUAUUUGUUCCUUGAUGCGCAAAUCGUCGCAACAAUCAAGUACAAUUUCGACAUUCCGUAAUAAUCCUUUUCCUUCUAGACCGUGGCUUAUUGAUAAUGGAGCUGCAGCGGCUGCCGGUAGUAGUCUUGGUGUUAAAGGAAUAAUAGCUGGUGGUAUUACUGGAGGAAUAGAAAUAUGUAUUACAUAUCCAACUGAAUAUGUGAAAACGCAACUACAACUUGAUGGAAAAGCUGGAGCUGGUAAAGAAUAUUCGGGAAUAUGGGACUGUAUAACAAAAACUGUAAAAAAUAGAGGAUUUUUUGGCCUGUACAGGGGCCUUUCGGUGUUACUUUAUGGUUCAAUACCAAAAUCAGCUGUACGUUUUGGAUCCUUUGAAACAAUAAAGGGUGUAUUAGUGGAUGAAAAUGGAAAUCUUAGUACACAAAGAAGUUUCUUAGCAGGAUUAUGUGCUGGCGCGUCUGAAGCUAUUUUUGCUGUUACUCCUAUGGAAACUAUUAAAGUCAAAUUUAUUAAUGACCAACGGUCAGUUAAUCCAAAAUACAAAGGAUUCUUUCAUGGAGUAAGAUUGAUUACCAAAGAAUAUGGAAUUAGAGGUGUAUAUCAAGGUUUAACGCCUACUAUCAUCAAACAAGGAUCAAAUCAAGCAAUCAGAUUUUGUGUUAUGGAAACAUUAAAGGAUUGGUACAGAGGUGGAGACAAAAAUGUACCUAUACCAAAAUUGGUUGUGGGUGCAUUUGGUGCAUGUGCUGGGGCAUUAUCAGUGUUUGGAAAUACUCCAAUUGAUGUUAUAAAGACUCGAAUGCAGGGCUUAGAAGCCUCAAAGUACAAAAAUAGUGUAGACUGUAUGAUUCAAAUAUGGAAGAAUGAGGGCCCAAGUGCAUUUUAUAAAGGAACCAUUCCAAGAUUAAGUAGAGUAUGUUUAGAUGUUGGAAUAACAUUUAUGAUUUAUGAUUCCUUUAUGGAAAUAUUUAAUCGAGUCUGGCCUUAAAAAUUAUUUUUAUAAUUAUAUUAUUUAAAAAUAUCCAUGCCAAUGUAGCUUUCAUAAUUUAAUAGAUGCAUUUGUACAUUAUAUUUGUAAUGAUAUGUUUUUAAAAUUAUAUCUCAUUUUAAAUGUGCUAUUAUAAUAGGAAUUUUAAUAUAAACUAAAGAACAUAAAAUUAGUAUCAAUAUUGAAAGCUACAGUUGGAUAGAGCACAAAUUCCAUUAUACAUAUAUUUUUUUAUGUACAUUUUUAUUUAACAUAAAAUUUAUGCACAAGUGGAAAAUACUAAUGUGAAUUCAAUUCACAACCAAUUCAAUUGUGCCUAGAAAUAUUAUUUUUGCUGAUCAUGCAUCAGUUAUCAUUAAUAUUGUUUAAAAUAUUAUUGAAUACUUAACAUUCCUAUACAUUCGAAUCUUCGAAUAAAUGUUUAUAUGAAAAUGAUUUGUACGUGAUAUGCAUAAAUCUUGUAUAUAUAAAUGUAUAUCAUCUAUUCUGAACAUAAUGUACAGUUUUGGUACAAAAUAAAAACUAUUUAUUACCUGAGCGAAGGAAAAUAGAUUUGUAUUAUUUUUUUUACGAUUACAGUGCAUUACUAGGUAACAUCAAAGGCCAUAAAGCAUUAUUUACUGACAUAAGUUACAUAUAAUGUACACAUUUCGAUAAACAUGAUAAUCUUCGCUCAGAUACUAUUCUUUAUCUUUCAUCAAGUAUAAAAA